CUCAAGCUCACAGAACCGACAAUGACAACUAACGGCGCGACUAACGGAACCAGCGACAUGCUGCAGAUCCAGUUCGGUCUGAUCAACUGCGGGAACAAAUACCUAACGGCGGAGACCUUCGGCUUCAAAAUCAACGCAUCCGCCACGAGUAUGAAGAAGAAGCAGAUCUGGACUCUGGAGCAGAGCGGCGACGACUCCAGCGGGAAUGUGUUCCUCCUCAAGUCACAUCUGGGCCGGUACAUCGCCGCCGAUAAGGACGGGAACGUUACCGGAGAAACCGAGACCCCGGGGCCGGAGUGCCGGUUCAUCAUCACCGCCCAUGAUGACGGCCGCUGGUCCCUGCAGUCCGAGCCGCACGGCCGCUACCUGGGCGGCACCGAGGACCGAAUCAUCUGCUUCGCCCAGACCGCCUCUGUGGCGGAGAAAUGGAGCGUGCACAUCGCCAUGCACCCGCAGGUGAACAUCUUCAGCAUGACGCGCAAGCGGUACGCGCACCUGAGCGCCAAGGUGGACGAGAUUGCCAUCGACCGGGACGUGCCGUGGGGGGUGGACUCCAUGAUCACUCUGGUGUUCCGCGACCAGCGCUACCACCUGCAGACCUCCGACAACCGCUUCCUGAGGAACGACGGCGCGCUGGUCGCCACCACAGACAAGAGCACGGGCUACACGCUGGAGUUCCGCUCCGGUAAGGUGGCCUUCAGAGACUGUAGCGGCAGGUACCUCGCGCCCUCCGGGCCCUCCGGCACCAUGAAGUCCGGCAAGGGCGCGCGCGUGGGCAAGGACGAGCUGUUCGUGCUGGAGCAGAGCCACCCGCAGGUCGUGCUCACAGCUGCCAACGAGAGGAACGUCUCUACCCGGCAAGGUAUGGAUCUGUCAGCCAAUCAGGAUGAGGAAGGUGACCAGGAGGUGUUCCAGGUGGAGAUUUGCCGCGAAAACAGGAAGUGUGCGUUUCGGACUGCUGCUGGGAAAUACUGGACCCUCACUGCUAAUGGCGGCCUGCAGUGCACUGCCUCCACCAAGUCAGCUAAUUGCUACUUUGACAUUGAGUGGCGUGGGAAGAGGCUGACUCUCCGGGCCGCCAAUGGGAAAUAUGUUGCCGCCAAGAAAAACGGCCAGCUAGCAGCCACGAUUGACUCUGCAGGUGAGACCGAGGAGUUUAUCAUGAAACUGAUUAAUCGCCCGAUCAUCGUGCUGCGUGGGGAGCACGGCUUUAUCGGCUGCAGGAAGGUUACAGGGACGCUGGACUCCAACCGCUCCUCCUACGACUACUUCACUCUGGAGUUCAGAGACGGAGCCUACAGCCUGCAAGACUCAACGGGUAAAUACUGGAUGGUCGGGAACGAGCAGUCGGUGGUGAGCAGCAGUGACACACCCGUCGACUUCCUCUUUGAGUUCUGCGACUACAACAAGCUGGCCGUCCGCCACGCCGCCGAUGGCAAGUACCUCCGCGGCGACCACGCCGGUGUGCUGAAGGCCAAUACCGACGACCUGGAGACCGCCACGCUGUGGGAGUACUGAGGAAAGCGGGGCAACCAUGGCAACGGGGAUGCGGUGAUGCUGAUGUGAAUGAAUGAAGUGUGGCGACGCAGCAUGGCAGCACCACCCGUCCAUACAUCUACCUAUCCACCACCCCCUCUCCCUUUCCCUUUCAUUCCUUAUAUUAUAUCCUGUACUUAUAACUUUAUUUGUUGAUAAACUGCACAGAGAGAACAGGAAGGAUAUAAGAAGGAAGGAGACACUUGUCUUUCAUUCUUGCCUCCCUUUCCUUCCUUUUAUCCUUCCUUUCUCCCUUUCCCAGCUCUGCUCUGCAGUGCCGACCUUUAUCUAUUGCCAUAGUUACCGUGGGGCUGUGCACUUUUUCUGCUCCAAUCUGGUUCGCUGCUCGACCUGUCACUCACUCCCUCCUCGCCUUAUGAUUGGGCCGUCCCUCUCCCAGAGCAGAGCAGAGCCACAUUUAUAGAGCCCCCUCCUCUCUGAGUUAACCCCCUCGUCUUUCUACCUGUCUCUAUUGUCUGUGUGAGCAGCGCAUGGUGGCAGUAUUUAUGGUGUCUGACCUAAUCUGGUAGAGCCGUUUCUACCUGAUCUAAUCUCCCAAAACAGACGCACUCCUGCAUUAAAUCUGCUUCAGCUGCUUCCUGUUAGCUGGAUAUGAAAGAUUGAGAAAGUGGGUGUGUUCUUAGUGCAGGUUGGGUCUUGUGGAACCAGAUUUUCUGCUUCUAUCAGACCAGGCCGUGUAUGUUUUGUUUUCAUGAGCAGGCCUUGUUGGCUCUGUGUGAAGACUGUGAUAUAACUGGAGUGGAUCUUAUGAUGAUAAAGAUAUCGAACAUAAUGUAACUGAUGGGCUUAACCUCCCUCUCUUCAUCUCAACUGUAAAGUAUUGAAAUGUAAACCAGUUCCCUGUGUUGUUCUCUAGCUUUUUUCUCUCUUGUUGGCGGGGAGUCCGAUCCAAUUUCCUGGACCAAACAGGAUGUAGGAAGUUACAACACUUUACCCCCCCUCCACAAACUAAACCUAUUGUCCUGAGAACAGUAUAAAGAAGAUUAAAAAAUAAAAAUGGUGCGGUCACUUGUGUUUACUGCACUCACGUCUUUUUGAGGAAAAAAAAAAAAAACUUGCCAA